AUGCGGCGUGUUCAUGUUUCUCAUGGUCGAUCUCGGUCACGUUCUCGUUCUCCGCUACUUCGAGGACCGAAAACAGUCGAAUCGAAAAGUCAACCGAUCAACAUGCUCGACCAAGCUGCUCUGCUUUCCGUGAGGAGUAAAAAAGAGAAUAAAACAACCACACCCAAGGAACGAAUUACAUGUACGAUCGAUGGGCCUCGCCGCCCUGGACCAACUCCGUCGAGGAUGAGCGGUGGUUUUCGGAACUUCCCUGAAAGAAGAAGAAGUGAUGGAGAGAGGCCGUACAUGGGGACGUUCAACAGACAGCCUAUGAGAGACAGACUUUCCUUUGGCGAUAGUCGUGGACGAGAGAGAUUCGAUUCUAUUCGCGAUCGUGACGCGGACAGUAACAGAUUUAACGGGAAAUUUCGACACGAAGACGAGGGUAAGCCUGUGCAGAGACUGAUUGAUCCUACUACUGUACCUAAGGGAAAGGCUUACUUUGGGCAUGAUGAUCGCGGUGAAGAGAAGCAGUGGCGUGGACGUAGUGCUUAUGAUCCACGAAUCGACUUGGGCCCGAGGCGUGAAAGGCUGAGCGGAUUCCGUGGAUAUGGCGGUAGAGACAGAGUGAGUCGACUUCUG